AUGUACGCUCUGCACCUUCCCAAGCUUUUUGUGAUGAUGAUUUGCAUCAUCGUCCUCUGCAAGGGCGUCGUCGGCGACGCUCCGAUCGAGCCGAACCCAGCGCCUCCUGUCAACGACUUCGACGUUCCGGCCGAACCAAAGGUAGCGCCCCCUGUCGACGAAGGCGAGCUCAACACCGCUCGAUGCAUCAUGAUGGGAAAGCCCGGCAGAAGCUGUCCAGUCGGCCCGACAACCAUCGGCGCUAAGGCAGACUCAACAUCGCUCACUAUGGUUCUGAUCGGCAGAGGCGAGGAGGGCUAUGACGGGCCAGCUCCUGAUUGCUGCCGGGGCAUGAUCAUCAUCAAGUCUCCCCGCUCCGAUGAAGAUCUCCACCCUCAUAUCCUCUAUCACUUGGACAGUGGAGAUGACCUUCGCGUUGCACUGCGCCACAUCUUGUCCGUCUUUUUGGAGACAAACAACUAUCUCAGAUCGAUUCAGCUGUUCGAACGGUCCCUCUGCAUCGUCAUUGACGGUGCUUAUGCCGAUUGGCCCUCGCUCGAAAGGCAGGCGGACCCAGAGCACUUGUUCACGCCCUUUAGACAGCCGGGCUCAUUCUACGAAAGAGACGGACGUACGCCGCCAGCACCAGCCACAACACGAGUUAGAAGGACGCGGACCCCAACGACGAGAGAGGCGGACGUAAACGACGCCGACGAGCCAACGGGACGCAGGGCGCCUCGACGACAACGAGCUCCUCGUCCGUGA